GAGAGAGAGAGAGAGAGAGAGAGAGGUGUUACAAGCAGUAAUAAUAGUUGUUUACUUCUUUAUGUGAGUGAAAACUGUUGAUAUAGGGAAUGCCCUCGAAGGAACAGUAUUCAGUAGCCCGUAAUAUGAGACACAUGAGUGAAAUGCAAUAUCAAAAUUUUUGACGAAUAGUUUGAAUAUAACGCUAUGCCGGUUACAGACAAUUUUAGCUGAAACAGGGGGAGGCACUCCUAUAUUUACAGUGACAUAGUAUAUUUAUGGUUUUAGCUGCUUAUUGAGUCGAAGAUAACGCACACAGCAUUACCUGUGAAUACACCUAGCUCUAAAGUAAACAUGCUCAGAAAUAUGUUUCCGAAUAAUGUUGAAUAUUCAAUGACUCAAAAAAGUGGUAAAGAUUCCCUGCGUGAGAUAAGAAGUGGGUCUGUGCUACUUAUAGAAAAACCGUUUGCUUUCGUUCUGAAGAGUUCCUUACGAGCAGAAAGAUGUGCCUUCUGUUUAAAAACUGGUAAACUAUCAAGAUGUUCUGGUUGUCAAUUCUGUUAUUACUGUGGCCGUGAGUGUCAAAAAUCUGCUUGGCUUGACCACAAGUAUGAAUGCCACUUGCUAAAAAAAAUUUCACCCCGUGUUGUGCCAGAUGCUGCCAUGCUUGUUGCAAGAAUUAUAUUUAAAUUACAGAGAGGAGCAGAUCAGGAAAUGGGAUUUUACUCAGACAAUACGUACCGUAAAUUCAGAGAUUUGAUGUCACAUUAUCCUGACAUAAAGAAGGAUGACCAGAGAAUGCAGCAUUUUGCAUCUAUCUGUGGUGUUCUUCUUGACUAUAUAGGAGCAGCCAACUUGCCAAAUCAUGCCGAACUCAUGGGAAUAUAUGGAAGGAUGUGUAUAAAUGGUUUCAGUAUUUUAGAUCCUGAAAUGCAUGGCAUUGGAACUGGUAUUUAUCUGGGUGCAUCUGUUAUUGACCACUCAUGUUGUCCAAAUGCAGUAGCAGUUUUUGAUGGAACAAAAAUAUACAUUAGAGCAGUGGAGGAUAUUCCUUCUCCAGAUUGGAAUAAAGUGUUUAUUGCUUACAUUGAUACGUUAAAUUAUGCAACUGACAGACAAGCUGAACUGCAGCAAACGUAUUACUUUACAUGCUCAUGUUUAAAGUGUAAAGACAUUGAAGAAGCAUGUCUUAUGGACAGUAUGUUAUGUCCUAAUUCAAAAUGUGGUGCUCCAGUCUCACAUACUUAUGGUAUCAAAAGCAAAUGUCCAGAAUGUGGGACUGACAUUUCACAAGAGCUGAUAGAUGAAUAUCAAAAUGCUUCAUCUUUCACUGAACGUCAUCUGAAUGACAUGAAAGAAUAUUGCUAUCUGGAUGUCUGCAUUAGUUGUUUAAAAAAACAAGAAGGACUGUUCCACCCUUACAAUCUGCAGCAUGUAAAAACAUUGGAUAUGGCAUUUGAAACUGCUAUUCAGAUGGGCUUAUUUACGCAGGCAAGAAAAUAUGGUGAGGAGCUAAUUCCAGGCCUCAGGAAAUAUUAUGGAGAACGACAUCCUCUGCUUGGGAUUUCACUCAUGAAAUGUGGUAAGAUAUGUGUUUAUCUCGGAGACUUCUCAGCAGCACGCAAUAAACUGGAAGAAGCAGAACAUGUUAUAAAAAUAACUCAUGGUGUGAAUCAUAUUUUAUACAAAUCAGAGCUUGAACCACUGUUGCUAACAUGCCACGUUGAACUAAAGAGUUAGGCUUUUUUUCCUAUUUAUAUAACAAGCUGUUUCCACACCUCCUUUUUUUUUUUUAAGGAACUGACUAUGUGAGGUAAAAUAAACCAUAUUAUUGCUGUGA